AAGAGUGAGACCAAAUCGACCCCCUCGCAUUCGUCUCCAGACUCCAGAGGAGGCGGCAAAGCCGAUGUCAACGUGCCGAUCGUCGUGGGCCUUUGUGUGGGUGUUGGUGUGCUGUUUGUUCUCAUGAUCAUAGCAUGUCUUUGUUGUACCAAGAAGAAGAAGAAGCCCCACAACGCAAUGCAGUACUAUGCAGAUCCCUCUGGGUUCAAAGGAGGAAGCUACUACAGUAGUGGGCCGCAACCGCAAUGGCACAAUGGAUACCAAGGUAAGGUGCCGCCACCGCCGGGCGCGCUGAGCCCCCCCGGAGGCGGAUGGCACCCGCAGAUGAUGAACAGCGGCGACAUGAGCUCGGCCUACUCGGGCCCCCACAGCCCCCCCUUGCCCCCUCCCUCCCCCCCAAUUGCCCUCGGUUUCAACAAAAGCACUUUCACCUACGAGGAGCUCGCGUCAGCGACCAGCGGCUUCUCGCAGGCGAACCUCUUGGGCCAGGGAGGGUUCGGUUAUGUACACAAAGGGGUGCUGCCGAACGGAAAGGAGGUUGCAGUGAAGCAACUCAAGUCGGGGAGCGGUCAAGGUGAGAGAGAGUUUCAGGCCGAGGUCGAUAUCAUCAGCCGGGUGCACCACCGCCACCUCGUUUCGCUCGUCGGAUACUGCAUUGCCGGCUCGCAACGGAUGUUGGUCUAUGAGUUUGUCCCUAACAAGACCCUCGAGUAUCACCUCCACGGGAGGGGGCUUCCAGUUAUGGAUUGGCCUACCAGGCUCAAGAUUGCUCUAGAUCAGCCAGAGGCAUUGCCUACUUGCAUGAAGAUUGUGAGUCACCCUCGGAUCAUUCACCGCGAUAUCAAAUCCGCGAAUAUUCUGCUGGAUUUCAAAUUUGAAGCCAUGGUCGCGGACUUCGGAUUGGCAAAGUUGUCAUCAGACAACCACACACACGUUUCGACACGUGUCAUGGGAACUUUUGGUUACUUGGCUCCUGAAUAUGCUUCGAGUGGCAAGUUAACUGAAAAAUCCGACGUCUUCUCAUACGGCGUGAUGCUUCUCGAACUAAUAACCGGACGACGUCCGGUCGAUAAUAAUCACACAUUCAUGGAAGAUAGCUUGGUAGAUUGGGCGAGGCCGGUUCUAUCACGGGCUUUGGCUGAUGGAAACUAUGAUGAGUUGGCUGACCCAAGGUUAGAAGGAAACUACGAUCUGAUGGAGAUGGCACGCAUGGUAGCGAGUGCUGCUGCAUCUGUUCGCCAUUCUGCGAGGAGGCGCCCGAAAAUGAGUCAGAUUGUUCGAGCAUUAGAGGGUGACGUUUCGCUCGAGGACCUGAACGAAGGUAUGCGGCCAGGGCAAAGCAUGCUCUUUAGCUCAGGCUCCGACUACGACUCUGGGUCGUAUGCCUCAAACAUGAAGAGGAUCAGAAAGAUAGCACUGGCAAGCCCCGAGUACAGCGAUGAAUACAGCGAGCCAAUGACCGACUACGGCCCCCGCCACUCGGCGUCAAGCAGUGGCGAGUUCUCAGGGGAGUUGAACCCAGUUGGACAUCAAAGGCACAGAGCUCACCAACAACUGUAAAAUCUGAUUUUGGGAUCAAACAUAUACAUCUGUAACACUGAAAGGGUUGAUGAGCUUAAUCCCUUUUGAAAUCUGGCUGGUGCUUCAGAGUGCAUUCUCAGGUGGUGGAGACAGGAAUAGGCUUCAGCUUCUUGGGGUGGAAAUUGGAUCUGAGGAAGUGAGAAAAGCUGGGCUUUUUACUAUUUUCUUUCUGUCUUCCUUUUUGUUGUUGUUGUUGUUGAUCAAUUUGCAUGCAUUAACUGUUAUUGAUUAUUUGAGUAUAGGAAGGAACGUUCAAGCAGAAAAACUUGGAAUGUUUGAUGGUUGCUCAUUAUUCUUUUGGAGUGGUUUGUGGGCAUCAUCUUUUGAGUGUAUUUUGGGGAGUAUCAUUCCCCAGUUUCAGUAAACUGCUUAUGCUCACGCUCCCUUAUCAAGGGAGAUGCCAAUAUGAAGUUUUCUUAAAA